UUGGCAGCUCGGCAGCACAGCACGGGCAGAAAACGAAGAAAAUAUAAAUUUGAUUUUUGAAAAUUUAUUUUGCUACCUUGUGCAUUUUCGCCCCUUUUUGGGCUCGUUUCCGGGUGUGGUUCGGUGCGGAGUGCGCUUCCGGCGGAGGAAACGGAGGCUCGCGUGCGUUCGUGGACAAUUUCCGGCGGCGUCGUUCCGCACAGAGUGACUGAAAAGUGUUGUUCGAAGUCGGGCGUGAAUUUCCAGUUGGAACUUUUCGUUGGAAGUUGGAACCCGGGACGGGAGGGUUGUGUUUUUAUUUUUGUGCGUGGUUUAUUGGUGAUUUGGCCACCUGGACAGACGGAUUGCUUCCGUGGGGGAAAAGUCCGCUUCGUGGUCACUGGGAGGAGCAGCUGCCAGUUGGUGUCGAUGCUUUGAAAGUGCUUCAUUUGGUUUAUAUUUUUGAAAUUUUUUUGCUGAAAUUUAUUUUUGGAACCGUUUUUGAACCUGUGAAACGCUCGGAACGGACAUGGAAGUCGAUGACGACUUCGCCUUCGCCGACCAGCAGGUGGGCUUCGAGGAGCUGGGCAUGGAAGACCUGGAAGAUCUAGAGGACGGCACCACCCUGGUGGGCGCGGACGAUCUGGUGGAGUAUUCCGCCGGAGAAGAUGACGCACCGGAAGAGCUGCUGAUGGACAUUGGCGUCGCCAAGGUGGAACCACUCACUGAGGAGUCCGCGAUCGCACCACAAUCGGUAAUUACCAGUCCGAAUAUUACGGUGAAACGGGUCGUCAAUAACAAACCGGUCACGAGCGGGACGGCCAUCAUGCAGAGAGUAGUUCCGAAGCAGGCGAAUCUUAUAAAGGUGACGAACGCCGCCGGGAAGGUUGUGUUGAUGCAUAAGCAUACGACAACGGCUGCGGCGGUGACCUCGGCGCCGGCUCCGGUGAAGUUGCUGAACAGUACUAGGACAUCUCCGGGUACGACUGCGGGCACUACGACUUCGUAUCAUCUGGUAAAGAGCGAAGACGGAGUUUUAAGACCCAAGUUGGCUCCUGCAUCACAGACCAUGAUCCGGCGCGUAGUUCCAGCUGGGGAGGCCAAGCCAAAGGUGGUUUCAAAGGCGCCCACGCACGUUGUGAUUCAUACCAAGUCGGGGACUUCGUCCGGGACGACCACUAAGACGGUGACCGUUGCCGAAGCUCACCAGAUGGGACUGCUGAACAAUAAUAAGGUCAAGCAGGUGAUGAUGGCCAAACAGACGGUCGGCGGUCAGGUUGUUUCGCGAUCUCCGGUUAAGGCAGUUGCCUCCGCAAGCGGGACUUCCAUGAUCAGGUUAAAGCAAUCUCCCGGAGCACCAACGGGAACAACACAAAAGAUCAUCGUCAAGGCCAAUCCGGCAAAACCAGCCGCUGCAGGUCAGAAGGUCGUCAUGUCGCAGAGUGCCAUCCAGGCCGGGCAGCAAUCGGGUCAGAUUCAGGCCAUCAACAUCCCGGGCAAGGGCAUUCAGUACGUGCGAUUCUUGAACAACCAAAACUCGGGGUCUUCCCCGGCUGCCACCGCCAAGAUCGCCCAGCAAAAGCUGCUUCAAAUGCAGGUCAACAAAGCGGCGGCCAGCGCUCCUCCCGGGUCGAAGAUCAUCGUGCAGAACAACAAAACGUACGUGCUGAGCAACGGGAGCGUUACGUCCGUUCGUGCCGCCCCGAACUCGUCGCAACAGUUUCGAGCGGUCGCGUCGGGUUCGCAGCAGAUUGUCCGGAAAACGAUAGUUCCCGCCGGAAGGACUCCCGUAGCCACCACCAUCAAGAAAGAACCCGACUCGACGCACUACAUCGCGCUGGUCAAGAAAGAGGACGGCAAAUCGACGGAAACCGUAACGACGCUAACCUCGGCCCAGUACAGUCAGCUUAAAACUUCGACCGUGACGCUCGCCGGGGGCACCAAAACUAAAAUCGUGAUGGUUCCCUCGUCGGCAACGACCACCGUCAGCAGUCAACAGCAGACGAGCUCGCUCGUAACGGUAAAGCGUGAGUCGAUAAGUGGUAGUGAGGACGAAACGCGAAAAGGACCCGCCGUGGGAACGAUCUUCCCUGAUGAGGCGUACAAGAAGAGGCCGUGCAAUUGUACAAAGUCGCAGUGUUUGAAGCUGUACUGCGAUUGCUUUGCGAAUGGGGAGUUUUGCUACAAUUGUAAUUGUAGAGAUUGCUAUAAUAAUUUGGAUAACGAGGAGGAGCGGCAGAAGGCGAUAAGGGCGACGUUGGAGCGGAAUCCGAGCGCGUUCAAACCCAAAAUCGGUGCAACCAGUGCGGCCGAGGACGCCACCCGGAGACACACCAAGGGCUGCAACUGCAAACGGUCCGGCUGCCUCAAGAACUACUGCGAGUGCUACGAGGCCAAGAUCGCGUGUUCCGGCAACUGCAAGUGCAUAGGUUGUCGCAACACCGAACAGUACGCCAAGGAGUACGACUACGCGGCGGGUGUGACGGAUACGAUCCUCGGUGGCAACAGCCCGGACCAAAGCCUGGACCAUUCCGGUCUGCUGGACAGCGGCAGCAACAACACAACGAUGGUGGACGCCGGAACGGUCGCUGCCGCAGCCGCUGGUGGACCGAGUUUAGAGUACGGCGGUUUGGUCGGCGCCGGCGAGGGCAGUUCGUCGUUUGCGCUGGUUGGUGGCGGCGUGGCCGGGCCUUCCAAGCGGAAGCUGGAAGCGGAACCGGAUCUCACCCAGCUGCCUCCGUCGAAGCAGCCGUACAACUUUAUGACCCCGGACGUGAUCGAGGCCACGGUACAGUGCAUGAUUGCGCAGGCGGACGAGUGCCAGAAGCGUGGCUGCAACAUACGAACCGCCGAGCGCAUGAUUCUCGAGGAGUUUGGCCGCUGUCUGGUGGAGAUUAUCGACUUUUCCACCAAAUCGGACAGCUAAAACGAACCUGAGCUGAGUGAACCGCCUUUUUUGUUUGUUUUUCUUUAUUAUUUUGUUGAUUUCUAACGGUUUGAUGGACUGCAACAGAACAGAUAGUGUAUAUUUACCCAAAAUCAUCGUGGGCGCUUCUUUACCUUCCCCAUUUUUUCUAGAGAAUAACAAUAGAUUAGUAAUUCAUCCCCACACUUAAAUUAAAGGUGCCACGUCGAAGUGGCACGCAGCAAAUAACCACGAUUCGACAAACAAGUUCGCGUUAGCAAUACAUUAUUUUUCUUGGGUAACGGAGUUUAUCGAGAAACGACAAAAUAUUUAUUUUACUAAAAAAUUUCGAAAACAAAAAACUAAAUAUAACAAAAGAGCCUAGUCUAAAUGCACCACAUUUUACACACAAACACACAUUGGCAUGGCUGUUUCUUAGUGUAACUUUUUCGCUAUCAAAGAUUUCACUUGAUUUUCUUAAAUAUGGAAUUACAAAAAAAAAAAAAAACACACACAUAAGCACUCGUAUUCUAGUUUUCUUUUUAUUUAGAGUUUGAGUUUUUUUCUUUCUUCUGCUUACAACCUCUUUAGAAUUAACUGGAUAAACAGUGCAAACAAAAAAAAAACGCACUCUAAUAAGGUUCAAAGUGACGCCGCAUCUGUAGGAUAGUUUAUUCUCGAAAGAAAAAAGUGUGAAAUAGGUAAACCAUUAUGGAGAUAUACUUAUGAUUGAGUAACUUAAUAAAAAUGAUAAUAUAUUAAAAUAA